AUGUAUGUAGAUAUUGUAAUGGAAAAAGAAAAAAAGCGGUGUAUUCCACACUGCAACGAGAAACGCGAUUUUCAAGACAUACAUCCGGAACGGACCAAAGAAGACUUCUACAAGAGCUAUGAUCCAUUGGUCGGUGUCAGUACAGCCAGUAUUUUGGCAGUUAUUAUGCUCUAUUUUGUUGCCAGAUGUUUGUUCAACUGUUUGGAGCGUCAACUACAGUUGAUCCGUUAUCGACGGCGUAAAAAUCGUGAAGAUGCCGAACGGAUUAAUGCUAAUGGACAUCUGAAUUUUUAG